UUAGCAGCAAAUCUCUCUCGCCCUCUCUCCUUAUAUAGGACUUCCUCUUUCUCUACCAUUCUUCAAUCACGCCACUUGCUUCUUCAAUGGCUUCAAUAGUGUGCUUUCUGUUGCUAUUGCUGAGUAUUGCUAGGUCAUGCCAUGGAGGGAUCACUAGCCCUUACGUUAGAAAAACUGAAGCCUCCAUCGACAUGCCAGUUGAGGCCUUUCCUCCACCUGAGGGUGAUAAUGCCCCUGAGCAGGUUCAUAUAACUCAAGGCGAUCUUAUAGGAAGAAGUGUUAUAAUUUCAUGGGUGACACCAAAGGAUCGAUUCCCAAAUACUGUAACAUAUUGGCCAACAGGGAAAAAGCACCAUCACAAGCGCCAAGCUCGUGCAGUAACCACAUUUUACAGAUACUAUAAUUACACUUCUGGCUACAUUCACCAUGCCACCCUUAAUAAAUUAAAGUACAAUACUCGAUACAUCUAUGAACUUGGGAGACACGGAUCCACUCGCAGGUUUUCCUUUGCCACUCCUCCACAAGUAGGACCUGACGUGCCCUACACAUUUGGCAUUAUGGGUGACUUGGGACAAACAUAUGAUUCUAAUGUGACAUUGACACAUUACGUAUCCAAUAAGAAAGCACAAACUAUGUUGUUUGUUGGAGACCUUUCUUAUGCGGAUGAUCAUCCAUUGCAUGAUAAUGUAAAGUGGGACACAUGGGGCCGUUUCGUGGAAAAGAGUACUGCGUAUCAGCCUUGGAUUUGGGCUGCUGGCAACCAUGAAAUUGAUUAUGCUCCUGAAAUUGACGAACACACUCCUUUUAAACCAUACAUGCAUAGAUACCAUGUACCUUACAGAGCAUCACAUAGCACAUCUCCCCUUUGGUAUUCUGUCAAGCGUGCAUCUGCUUACAUUAUUGUCCUUUCUUCUUACUCAGCAUAUGGCAAGUAUACUCCACAAUACGAUUGGCUUAAACAAGAAUUCCCAAAGGUUAAUAGAUCUGAGACUCCAUGGCUCAUUGUUCUGGUUCACUCUCCAUGGUAUAAUAGCAACAACUACCACUACAUGGAAGGAGAAACCAUGAGAGUGAUGUUUGAAUCAUGGGUUGUCGAAAACAAAGUCGAUCUUGUCCUUGCUGGUCAUGUCCAUUCAUACGAACGCACAUACCGAAUAUCAAAUGUGAGGUACAACAUAACAAAUGGAAUGAGCACCCCAAUCAAGGACCCUUCAGCACCAAUAUAUAUAACUAUUGGAGAUGGUGGAAACAUUGAAGGCCCUGCUUAUCGGUUUACUGAACCACAACCCAGUUACUCUGCCUUCAGGGAGGCAAGUUUCGGACAUGCCAGUCUUGAGAUUAAGAAUCGGACUCAUGCUUAUUAUACUUGGCAUCGUAACCAUGACAAUGAGCCAGUUGCAGCUGAUUCACUCUGGAUUUACAACCGUUAUUGGUAUCCAGAAGAAGAGCACAGUUCUGCUUCCUACAUGGUUUAAGAGCUUCUGGUUUUGAUAGGAAUAGUCAGUCUUGGUCUUUUAGGUUCUAGAAAAGAGCUUUCAUUUUGCUUCUUGUAAUCCCAAUAUAAAGCCUUUGUCUUUAAGGGGCCAUUGGAAAAUCCAAAAUGAAUGGAAUCUGCAAACUUCUUUGAUUGAACUAGGCGGAUUCACUUGGCUAAUUGUCUCUUCUAUGGUGUUGACCAUUGGCAGAUUUUUGCAUCAAGCAACAUAAAAUUUCAGAUAAUACCUUAAA